AUGGGAAGGAAGCAAAAACACAACAGUGAUAGCGACGAAGACGAAAUAUUUUACCACCGCUACUCCUCCGCCACCACGUCAUCACAACACCCUCCUUCCACCACCAAACCUCACGGCGCCUCCGGUGGUUUAGCACCAUCAAAAUCGACCGUUUACGUAUCCAAUCUCGACUUCUCCCUAACAAACUCAGACCUCCACACACUCUUCUCCACGUUCGGGAAAGUCGCUCGUGUAACCGUUUUAAAAGACCGCAAGACACGAAAAUCACGCGGCGUCGCAUUCAUCCAAUUCGUCUCUCGAAGCGAUGCGGUCACCGCCGCUAACCAGAUGGACAAGAAGGUUCUCAACGGGAGAACUCUGUCGGCGUCGAUUGCGGCGGAUAAUGGUAGAGCGGCGGAGUUUAUUAAGAAGAGGGUUUAUAAGGAUAAGAGUAAGUGUUAUGAGUGUGGAGAAGAUGGGCAUUUGAGUUAUGAGUGUCCGAGGAAUAAAUUGGGGAAUAGAGAGAGGCCUGUGGUGAAGAGAGGAAGGGGAGGUGGUAGUGGCGGAGGUGGUGGCGGUGGAAGGGGUGGGGAAGAUUGGGAGGAGGAGGAGGCUGAGUUUGAGGAGGAGAAGUGGGCAGCGGUGGUGGAUGGAGGGGUGGAGGAGAGGCUGUUGAAGGGGGAGAGUAUGAAUUUUGAUUAUGUUGGGCAUGUUUUGGUUUGCUUGAGUUUGCAGUUAAGUUGGUUGUACAAUGCUUAUGAUGAUUGGCAUGUUUUGAUUUUCCAGUUAUGUUCAUUUGUUUUAAUGGAAGAUUGA